AAUUACGUCAGCUUGUGGGCGUUUUCUCUUCAAGCCGAUGAGCAUGGCGGUUCCAGCAAGUGGAGCUUCAAGACGUUUGGUGCAGUAUGUAGUAGUCCGGUCGGAUCUGUUGCGCACUAUGGCUUGGCCUUUAGGGGCCGUCAUCACACAGUGUUGCCACGCAGCAACAGCGGCGAUUCACCUGAACUAUGACGAUCCAGAUACGCAGGAGUACUUGGGAGAGCUGGACGCCAUGCACAAAGUCGUGUUGGAGGCUCCGGACGAGGCGUCUCUCACUAAUUUGUCGGAGACGCUGCGGGAGAAGGGGGUGGCUCACAAACUGUGGAUUGAGCAGCCCGAAAACAUACCUACCUGCCUGGCAUUAAAGCCCUAUCCCAAAGACGCGGUGCACACCUAUCUACGCAAAUUCAAACUCUUCAGAUGAAGUGGAAAGGAUGGAAGGGCAGCUGUCAUUCACGCAUCCAGAAGGCAUCCUUGCAAAAGUGCAACGCAGCGUUGCUGGUCCGGAACAUUUUUGGAUUUUUUAGAUAAGUGAAGUCGUGCGUCUUUCUGAUUUCCUCCUCCUCAUGAAGCAAAAGAUAUUGCGAUGCAGUGACAUCUUUGCACAUUUGGUUCUGUGAUCAUUUAUCAUUUUUGGAGGAAGUAUUCUCACACAGGGGGAGAUUUUCUAAAAUGUAAGAUAAUAAAGAGCCUCAAAGGUGUUUCUUGCAUGUAUUUUGCCAUGCAUGCUAAACUUAGAGGCAAAGUGUUGGUCAUAAAAAUAUUGCAUUUUCUCAAAGUUCGCAGGUGGAGGUGCAGUUUACUAUUUCAGGUUACAGGAAACAAAAGGAUGUAGCAUUGAGGGAAGGAGGGGGUUUUGUUGUCAUAGGCCUGAGAACAUAAAAUCCUGCAUACUGUUCUGAUACUUAAUUUGUAAUUCAGUUCACAUGGUGCAAACAGGUUUAAAAUAUAUUUUAAAAAUCCCUUCAAAA